CCAGUAAGAUAUUUAUUCCGUGUACAGAUAUUGACUCGAGGUGUAAAGAACAAGUUGAUUGGAGUUCUUGGUACGAAUUCGACGAAAACGCUCAUAUAGUUUCUUCCUUUCAUAUUAUUCUGUGUUGGAGAUUGGGAAACUUCGCUUCUUCCAUUUUUAAAGUUCGAUAUUUGUCUCCAUUAAAUCAUCUCGAAAUGUGUGAUGCAAAGCUUCUAGAAGAUGUAGAAACUCGAGUAACGUAUGAUGUUGACGAGAAGCGACAUGAAGUUAAGACAGAGAGAUGUGGAACUAUCACUGUUUUUACCAUGGGGUCCACCAAGGGGAUUACAGACAACACACCAGUGUUUCUUACUGUUCAUGAUAUGGGUUCUAGCCACACAGAAUUCCACUCUUUCACCGAACAUCCAUCCAUGGCAAGAAUAAAGUCCCGUUCUGUGUUUCUUCAUGUUGAGAUUCCAGGACAGGAGUACGAUGCAGGAGAUCUGCCACCAGAUUGUGUUUUUCCCUCUAUGCAAGAGUUGGGAGAGGAUAUGGUGAACAUUUUAGAAUACUUUAGGGUGAAAUGUGUGGUCACGCUUGGUGAAGGAGCUGGAGCCAACAUUCUGGCACGCUUUGCUAUGGCUUUCCCAGAUCGUGUCCUCGGUAACAUUCUCAUUCACUGUACUUCUACUGUUGCAGGUAUAAUGGAGUAUUUUAAUGACAAGAUUAUGAACUGGAAACUCCAAACAGUAGGAAUGCAUCCAACGGCUGAACAGUAUCUUCUUUUUCACAAGUUUGGGUCGCUGAUAGAACAGGAAAUUGAAAAAGCUGAAAACAAAGAGAAGGUUAUUAAAAGUUACAUUAAAAAGCUUCAAAGUCGGAUUAAUCCUCGAAACUUGCGGCUUUAUGUGGAAGCUUUUCUUGCCCGUACAGAUAUUUCUGGCAUCUUGAAAGAUAAAAUGAAGGUUGACACACUGUUGGUGACUGGGUCCAAGUCCUCCCAUCUUCACACAGUCCAUACUAUGCAUGAAGCCAUGGACCCAAGACAUACUACACUUCUGAAGGUGGAUGGUGUUGGUGAUGUAUUGUUGGAAGUUCCUGACAUUCUCGCUCACAAUCUGCUGUUAUUUUGUCAAGGAUUGGGACUUUUGAGUACCCUGCCUAUGUCUCGACAGUCAUCUUUAUCUUCAUAAUGGGGUCAUAAGAAAAAGGAAUGGUGUGAACAGAAAUAAGAACCUAACUUUACUUUAGUAUUCCAGAAAUAAAGUUGGUUUAGUAAUUGGAGGUUUACAAACAUUGGAAUGCUUAUGUAGUUAUUGUUAAACAAUUAUUGAUACUUAUAGAUUGUAGAUAUAUUGUGUCAAUUAAAAUAAGAUAUUGAUUUUAUUAGCUAUUGAAGAUUUAACUGCAUUUUCCCAUAGUUUCAAAUAUUGUAUUUAUUCAAGGAUAUGAUUUUUUUAUAUAUUUGUUCCAGAAAAGGCAUUAGAAACAUUCUCUCUUAUCAUAAAGAAAAAUAGUUUUGUGGUUAGAUUUAGAGACUAAUUAAACAGAACAAUAAUCUUGUGCUAUUUUGAUCUAUGCAGGUUUACAAGAGUAAAUCCAAUAGCAGUUGUUCAAGUGUUCAUGUAUUGAAUAAAGCUAACACUGUAUUUAAUAAUCCAAUAAGUAUGAAGAGUGGAGUUUUUUUGUUUCAGAAGUUUUGUUUUUAUCAAAUUCCUUUAGAGCAACCAUGUAGACACUGAAUUUUAAUGGUCACUUAUUCUAUAUAUAUAUAUAUAUAUAUAUAUGUGUGUUGUAAGAAACUUAAAAAAAAUUUUUUUACACAUUUUAAUGCCUUUUAAAGUUAUAAUAAAGAUUUUUCAUGAUUUUUUGCAUUUUUUAUUUAGGAAGAUUUUGGCAUAAGAAACAGCAUUUGUAACAUGCUGGGUUUUUCCAACUAUUACAUUAAAAAAAAUGUAUUUGUAAAACAUAACUCUCAAAAAAUAAAAUUUAAUACAUUUACUGUAAAAGGAUCACCAUUUAGUAUGAAUACAAUAAAUGCUACUUUCAUGCAUA